AUGUCGUACCCGAGUCUCGCCCCCUUCGUGAUGAAGCGGCCCUGGCUGCAAAAGAUCUUCAAGCCGCUCUCCAACUGGUAUGCCAACACGGCCGGCUACCGCCAGCUUGGACUCCGAGCCGACGACCUGAUCAUCGAGGAGAACGAAGAGACCAUUCUGGCCCUGCAGCGCCUGCCGCCCCAGGCAUCGUACGACCGCGUCUACCGCCUCCGCCGCGCCAUCCAGUGCAGCUUGAGGCACAAGCUGCUGCCCAAGGAGGAGUGGACCAAGCCCGAGGAGGACGUCCCCUACCUCACGCCCCUCAUCGAGAAGAUCCGGGCCCAGGAGAAGGAGAAGGCCGACCUGGACGCCAUGACCAUCGUGAAAAACCACUAG